CCGGGAGCUCGCCCUUCCCAUGGUGCCCCGCGGCGGCUGAAUGGGGCAGAGCCAAGAUGGCGGCGGGCGCGGCCCCGGCGGGCGGAGGCGCCCUGUUCGAGUGCCCGAGCUGGGCAGGAAAACCACCACCUGGCUUACACCUGGAUGUAGUCAAAGGAGACAAACUCAUUGAGAAACUCAUCAUUGAUGAGAAGAAAUACUAUCUCUUUGGGAGAAAUCCUGAUCUGUGCGAUUUUACCAUUGACCACCAGUCUUGCUCUCGUGUCCAUGCUGCCUUGGUCUAUCACAAACAUCUCAAGAGGGUUUUCCUCAUAGAUCUGAACAGCACACAUGGCACGUUCCUGGGUCACAUCCGCCUGGAAGCCCACAAACCACAGCAGAUCCCCAUCGACUCCACGGUGUCGUUCGGAGCCUCCACCCGCGCGUACACCCUGCGCGAGAAGCCGCAGACGCUGCCGUCGGCGGUGAAGGGGGAUGAGAAGAUGGGUGGUGAGGAUGAGGAGCUCAAGGGGCUGCUGGGCCUGCCAGAGGAGGAGACAGAACUGGAUAACCUGACAGAGUUUAAUACAGCCCACAACAAGAGGAUCUCCACGCUGACCAUUGAGGAAGGGAACUUGGACAUCCAGAGGCCAAAGAGGAAACGGAAGAACUCCAGAGUGACGUUCAGUGAUGACGAUGAGAUCAUCAAUCCGGAGGACGUGGACCCGUCUGUGGGGCGGUUCCGGAACAUGGUACAGACAGCAGUGGUCCCUGUGAAGAAGAAGCGUCUGGAGAACACGGGCUCGCUGCCCCCGGAGGACUCCACGUCCCGGCGCAUGCAGAACUUCCCCUACAGCGGGGGCUUGUACGGGGGGCUGCCCCCCACCCACAGCGAGGCGGGGCCGCAGUCGCACGGCGUGCACGGCACCGCGCUCAUCGGGGGGCUGCCCAUGCCCUACCCCAACCUCGCCCCCGACGUGGACUUGACUCCAGUUGUGCCCUCCACAGUGAACAUGAACCCGGCUCCAAACCCGGCCGUCUUCAACCCCGAAGCUGUGAAUGAACCCAAGAAGAAGAAAUAUGCCAAGGAGGCCUGGCCGGGCAAGAAACCGACCCCGUCCCUGCUGAUCUGAGCUGGGCUGAGGGAGGGUGGGAGUCACCAACUCCACAAACUCUUCAUGUGCGUCUUUUUAAACUUUCAGUGUCUAACAGAUGUAAUACCGAGAUUGGAGAAGUGAAAUAUCCUUUAAAGAUCUGUCUUCAAACAUUUUUAUAUGUCUGUUUAAAAAAAAAAUAUACAACUCCCGGCUCCUUUUGAA